AUGCAACAAAAAAAUCCUGGAUCAAUUGUUACUUUUCAAGUGGGAGACAAUGGGUGUUUCUUAUACGUCUUUGUUGCAUUGAAUGCUUCAAUGAAAGGAUGGCCUCAUUGCAUACCGGUUGUCAUUGUUGAUGGUACCUUUCUAAAAUCAGCUCAUGGAGGUACAUUAUUGGUGGCAGCAAUUCAGGACGCAGGGGGUAAGAUCUUUCCAGUGGCAUUUGCUGUAGUCAAUUCAGAAAAUGAUGGUUCUUGGGACUGGUUUUUUGACAAGAUUAGACAUGCUUAUGGAUUAAGGGGAGACAUGACUAUAAUAUCCGAUCGUCAUGAGAGCAUAAUAAAAGCUGUCAGCAAAGUGUAUCCAGAGAUACCAUAUGGAUUUUGCAUCUUUCAUCUCCUGAGCAACAUUAAAAGCAAGUUCAAGAAGAACUCAAAAAAGAUUAAAGAGUCUUUCUCAGCGGAAAAUGCAUACACUGUUAAAAAGUUUGAGUAUCACAUGAGAGAACUUGAUAAGGUUGACAGCAGGAUAAGAACAUUUUUGGAAGAAGUUGGGUAUGACAAAUGGGCAAGAGUUCAUUCACCAAAUAACAGAUUUCAACUGGACCAACUUCCUUGUGGUCAUGCAAUUGUUGUUUUACAAAAGGCUAAUCAUGAUCCAUAUGAUUGUUGUUCACCAUAUUUCACAAAGGAAGCAAUGAUUCAUGCAUAUGAAGAGACGGUGUUCCCUGUUGGUCACGAAGACACGUGGGUAGUACCCGAAAAUUUCAAGUCAGUGGCACUAUAUCCUCCACAAGGACGAGUAAGAGUGGGCAGACCAAAAAAAAGAAGAUGCAAAGCUUCUUGGGAGAUAAAUGCAAAACAGCGUGAACAAGUCAAAUGCAGGAGUUGCAAUCUCUAUGGACAUAAUAGGAGAACUUGUCGAAAUCCUCCACUUAGAGUUGCUUGA